UUUUAUCGUUGUAGACUUCUCUGUGCAGGUAAAUCUUCAUCGGUGAGGUUAUAAAGAAAGUGCAAGAAACAUGGUGUGACUCAUCCCUAACUCACCUACAUUACGCUUCAACAACAAAGGAAUUUGACGUCACGAAGAGGUUUUCACACCUGUGUCCGCCUUCUCCAUCGGCUGAGGCGUGUAGACAAGAGUCGCCUACAGGAACAAAGAAGACUCAUAGACUGUAGGAAGUAGAGUUAACACUUCACCUUCCAGCCAGCCUGCAACGAGCACGAGGGCUGACCCCGAAAUUCCGCUGUUCCAGCAACGCAAGGGUGUAUCUGCCGCCGCCGCCGCCUCUAUAUAUACAACCUGCAAGGCUGAGCUCCUCAGAUAAGUUAUAGACACCUUCUGCUCAACACCGGACUGGCGGCUCAACUAAUAUAAAGGAAGUUUGUUUCUAAACAAAGAAAAGAAAAAAAAACAAAAACACGAUGUCCCAAGUAAUCCCCAACCACGUGUUACGAGUUGGACAGACUGUCUGUAUGGCACCAAAGGACGAAAGUAGUGGCUUCAGGCAAGUUGUCCAUCCAAAAGGAAUCCCACUUACCUCUAAAUGUUCCUACUACACUUCAGAGACUUACGUUUCACAGAUGACAUCACAAGUAAGGUUAGCAGAUACCAAUCUGUAUGGCGAACAAGAGUCCAUGAAGACCCACCAGCCUCUACCAGGAAAUACUGGUAUUAAAUCAGUCAACGUAAAGCAACCAUCAGAGGCCGAAAUCUGCAAUGGAGGAGAUCCUUUAUCUCCAUCACUGGACAUUUCCAUAGACAAUCUGAACCAACUCAUUUUGCAGUUGGAUCCUACUUUCCAACCUUUGCCUGUCAACUCUGACUUGAUUAAGAAAAGACGUGACCCUUCCCCUUGUAGGCCAGUGACUUCCAAGGUCACCAGUCCUCCAGAGGUUAAAUGUGUUGGAAUAAAUCCACCUAGGGUGGUUUGUCAUCAAGAAAAUAUGCAAAGAUCUUCAAGUCCCACCCCAAGACAGGAGGGCAUCUUGAUUGCUCGUGGAACACAGUCGGAAAACAUCAGUCCUAAUGGUAGCCUUAUUUUUAGUGAGCCCCAGUCACAUGUUUUAUAUGAUCAUUACCAACGUCCACUAAACGGAGGAUCGCACCAGGCCACAGAAACCAUUGCAAUCCCACGUAAAAGGUCAAAUCAACAAAAUCAGGUUAUAUCUACAUCAUAUGGCUCAGAUAGCACCUACCAAACAAGACCUUCCUUCCGCACCAGUGAGGCCUCCAUGAUGUCCACAAGCCCUGGGUCAGACACCAGCUAUGUUUUGGGAAGCACCCAUUCUCUCCAAUAUGAUGAUACUGAUGGCCACUUUCAUUCUAGAUUGUUAGAAAGUCCAUUUGGUUCACAGGGGUCAUUUUCUAACCUUUUCAGCCCUGUGAACAUGUCACCUGCCCCACAUAUAAAUUACUCUGACCACAAUGGCAGCUUUGGCCAUUUUAAGACAUCUCAUACUUCUACAAAAAGUCAUGCCAAUAGUUGUCCACCGUCAGUCAACAACUCCGCUAUGGACAUCCCCAUUCUUCUAGUCAAUGGGUGUCACUGCCCAGAAAAUGAGGACAUCUCUCCCAAAUCUUCUAGACAAUUGCAUGGUGGAAACAAGCGAAGAGGGUCUUCAAGUUUCAACAAAACCUCAUCUGAAUCCUCAAUCCCAACAUGUACAGAUAGUAACAUGAAAGAUGGGCAGCCAGGCAUGAAGUUUGUUAUGGACACCUCCAAGCAAUGGUUCAAACCCAACUUCACGAGAGACCAAGCUAUUGAAUUACUGAAAGACAAAGAGCCUGGAACAUUUAUAAUCCGAGACAGUACUUCCUACCGCGGAUGCUUUGGUUUGGCAGUAAAAGCUCCCGGGGCGCCAUCAGGUAAUGUGACCAAUGAACUUGUCCGACAUUUCCUGAUUGAAUCGUCUGCAAAAGGCGUUCACGUGAAAGGAGCAUCAGAGGAGCCACAUUUUGGAAGUCUUCCUGCACUGGUAUACCAGCACACCAUCACCCCCUUAUCCUUACCCUGCAAACUACUUGUUCCACCUAGAGCUCACAAUGAUAGUGACAGCAGCCCCGACACUUCCCCUGAAGGUGCUUGUGAGCUGAGAAAUUCAGCAGCCUGCAACGUCUUGUAUCUGAACUCGGUGAGCACAGAGACCCUGACAGGCUCCAGUGCCAUCCAGAAAGCCGUGACUACCAUUUUUGAGAGGGCAGAUCACAUUGUGCCGACGAUCGUGAACUUCAAGGCCGCAGACCAAGGAGUCACCUUGACUGAUAUCCAACGCAAAGUAUUCUUCAGACGUCACUAUCCGGUGUCAACCCUCAGCUUUUGUAGCGUGGAUCCCGAGCACAGAAAGUGGCAGAAGCAGUGCAGACCUUCCAGAAUUUUUGGUUUCGUGGCAAAGAACCCAACCGACCCCUCGGACAAUGUCUGCCAUAUAUUUGCCGAGUACGAUGCCAUACAACCUGCCUCACCACUCAUCAGUUGUCUGACAAGCUUGAUACAGCAGCAGGAGAGAGUGUAAUUCCUGCCUCCUCCACUAGAGGCGCUACGAUCACUCAUAUCUAUGGCAAUCCAUAUGUUAAUUCCGGAACUGGAAACUACGGAAUCCAAAAAUAUGUGACCCUUGUGUGGACAUGGCGACCACGAGGACCACCCAUCCAUAGUUACCGGUCUAUGAACUUUUAUAAUAUCUUUGUCUAUGGUCAUGCAUAGUAGAAGCAGUCAUACAGGGAUUACUUUUCUGCUUUACUCUGGUACCUCGUUAAUAUUAACGAAACCCCAAUGUCUCUCCACUUUAUGGAAUUUUCUAUUAUUGUAAAUAAAAAUAAAAAUGUAAUGCAGAAAGUAUACAUACGAAAGGUGGAGGGGCAUAAUGACCGCCUCCUUAUGAAAAAACACAUACCUAUAAUACAUCCGUAUGCGGUCACCACGCCUCCUCCCAUAGACUUGCAUUAAGGGGCGUGGCCUGAUGUCAUGAGGGGGCGUGGUCGGCCCCCGUAGCACGCACACAACAUUCAGAACUAAGUGUUCAGAAUGCUGGCCAGUGGAGUACCGCUUUAAAGGGAACUCCGGUGGAAAACUUUUUUUU